AAUUAAGAAAUGCAACGUAUCAUUUAUAACAGCACUUAAGAUGUGUGGCCUAUGUAACAAUCUGGUUUAAAUGUUUAUCUAAAAAGCUUGUUUGGUGCAGUUUAAAGUAAUUAACAUUAACCAAUAGGCGCACAACAGUUUACAUCAUUACACGGUGUACUGCUAUCAUACCAUGUGAAGUCAUUUGCAGGUUAACAUGGUUUCUGUUCAGUUUGAUAAUUAUUUUUUCUUGUUGGUAUUUUAAAAAAUUGAGUGUUUGUUUUCUGGAUAUUGAUUGUAAGAAAUAUACUGGGAUAUUAAUAUUCUAUAAUUUGGUUUAAGUUUGUAAAAAGUAUUUGUUGAAAGUAAAUACAAAAUGGCGACAUCUGCAGUUUCCAGAGAUUCUGAUGUGGUUAAAUAUUAUUGUUGUACAAUCUGCGAGAAAGAGCGGUCUGUAGAAGUAGAUGCAGAUUUUUACUGUAAAACGUGUAUUAAAUACUUCUGUAGGAAAUGUAUUCACUCUCAUAGUCAGCAUGGUUGGUGGUUUUAUAAACAAUCUCCCUAUGGAAAGGAUGAAAUAAUGAAGUGGCCACUUUCUAAGAAGAUGGAGCAUUCUCUUUUAACAUGUGUCAUACACAAGGAUGAAAAGUUAACUAUGUACUGCCUGGACCACAGUCAGCUCUGCUGCUUCAGAUGUAUUGAACUUAAUCACAGUCUGUGCUUACAAGUGACCAUAUUACCCAAGGCUGCCACAGGGAAGUCAACAGACUUCAAGAACCUGUCUGUCAGAAUGGAAAAUUCUCUUUCACAAAUGAAACAUUUUCAGACCUAUAUGAAGGACAUAUUGAGGUCUCUAAAGGUUUCAUACAAUGAACAUGAGAGGCUUAUUGUGGAUGGUAUGCGUCUGAAUAUAAUAUCGUUUUUACUGCAAUGUGAAACCGGCACAGUGAAUACAACACAUGAACAUAUGCAAUACACAGUCAAUGAAAUGCGUGAGAAAAUAAAAUAUUUAUUAGCAGAUUUUGAGAAAAGCACUAUUAAGGAAAAGAAAGAAGAGCUAAGUCUGAAUCUAGCUCCUCUCAAGGGUGUGAGAAACAGCAGCAUCAGGCUUCAUGAUGAUUUGUCCCAUCUCCAUACAGCCAUACCGAAAGUACUGGGUAGACCUGAACUCUCUUUUAUUGCCAGUAAAAUAUGUCAAGCAAAAAUACAACAGUCUGAUACAUUGUUAAAAGAGAACUUUCCAAACUAUGUUUUCACUGCGUGUGGGAAGUCUGAGCACAAUGUGAGAAUACCAAGUGAUUCACACACAUGCUGGGUCAGAGCUAUAUGUGUUCUCCCUAAUGGACAAGUUCUGGUUGCAGACUACUAUAAUAAGAAAGUCAAGCUGCUGAACCAGCAGAACCAGGUGAUGAGUCACUGUGUUAUGAGUGCUGGGCCAAAGGCCAUAUGUCAGAUAACACCCAAUGAGGUGGCAGUUGCUGUGGAUGAUAAUACCACACAUGAGGUUCAGUUUAUCAAAGUGGACCAGAGCCAGUUUGUGAGAGGCAGAAAGUUUCAGUUACAACAUAGAUGUUAUGGUAUUGCCCACUACCAUGGCGACCUGUUCAUUGUCUCUGGUCAAGCAUUGUUUAAGUACUCACUGAGUGGAAAACAGGUCUGCAGACUUUAUGAGGAUCUGUCAGGUCUUAUGACAGUAUACACAUGUGCUGUGAGUCCCACACUGGACAAGCUGUAUAUUACCAACCUCUCCAGUGACAAGCUCCUCACCCUGGCCAGGGAUGGUACACUCCUGGCUUCAUUUACAGACCCAGAACUAGAACUGCCAUGUUGUGUACAUGUGACCCCUGUAGGCCAGGUGCUGGUCUGUGGACGCCUGUCCCUCACUUUAGUACAAGUGGACAGCGUGGGGAGGACUAAGCUGGCCACUAUGACUACAGAGAUGGAUGCAGUGUGGGCCCCAAAGUCAGUCUGCUACAGCAGCACCACAUCCUCAAUCAUUGUGGGCAUGGAGGGAAACCACAUCCUGGUGUUCAAAGUGGAAUAGUGUGUACAUUUAUGUACUUUUCGUUGUAACUAGUGAUUAAUGUUUCAAUGACACUGUGCUCUUAAGCAUAAGGACAUUGUAGUGUGAUAUGAUACACUACAACAUUGUGUGUGUGUUUAGUUGCAGAUACAAAUCAUGUAUGAACACAAAUGGUAAUUUGCUUGAGACUUUCAGGCUCUUUUAAUGAGGCUUAUUUGGGCUGAGU